GUGCUUGUAUCUAGUUAAAAAUGAGCAUGAGGAGAAAUAUCAACUACGCAAUUUGUUCUUUCUCCAUUCUCCGAUCUCCAAUACAAGAGAAGAGAAAGAAGGUACCGAUUCUACUUCCUACUUCGUCUUGAACGCUGGUGCUCAAGAUGACAUUUCACUAACUGAGGUCUCAAAUUUGAAUUUCCUCUUCCAAUAUAAAAAUAAAAUGAUACCGUUAUCUCUAGUAAGGACCUCAUAUGAACUUGUUGUUAUAAGAUUCUCAUCAGAAACUCUCGUGUCAUUUUGUAAGAAAGGACCAGAAGAAAAACCGAUUUCGUUAUAUCAUGUACAUGUCCGAGGGAAGCCCAUAACCAACGGUCCCUUUUUUACUUGUUAUGCGACACACCCAAGGCUAAGAGUUAGCUCCACGACAAUCGAUCGCAUGAACCCAACACACCUGAAGAGCCAGUUUAUCAUCUAAAGGAAAGAGAGAAACAGUCAAUGGGUUCGAGGCAAUUCUGGACUGGGUGUAUCUUUAAGACAAGGUACAGCAAUUGAUGCACACCAGCUGUUUGAUGAAAUGCUCCUGUGAACCCUUCGGCUCAACCCACCUUGCUCGAGAAUGUUGUUGAGGAGAGGAAUCAAAUUCGCUUCAGCAGCAUUUCCACAUUUCAUUUCCAAGGCUCCUAAUUUUCGCUGUAAAGCCACCACCACGGUUCCCAUUUUCGAUCAUUCGGCAUACUACUCUAGUGGCUUUCGCCUCUCUCCUUUGUUCCCCUCCCAACCCAAACCUCAGUCGGAUAGUUAUGAUAUUGAGCUUGUUGACGAUGAUGCAUGGCGGGUUUCCUCAGGUUUGGCGCUUGCGGAUCAGGGGACUGCAUUGGAGGAACAAAGUUGCUUAUCGGAUGAAGCGGUUGAUGAACCUGUUGAUAGUUGCUCUCUACCUCUUGAGGGUGACCCGGAUUUCGAUGACAUUGACAACAUGAGAGUUCGGGGUAAACUGUUCUAUAAAAUCGACCGCGGUUCCAAAGAGUUUGAAGAGUAUAGUUUCGACUUCCAUCGUAGGAACAAGUCUUCUAAGAAGAAGGAUGAUCCAAAGGAGAAGAAACAGAAGGUUACUAGUUUGAAGGAAAGCAAAAGAGACAACCCAAUUCCCAAGUUUUCCUCAAGAAGUGAGAAACAGUGUAGAGUUGUGGACAACUCUCGGCUAGGUGAAAUGGGCGCUACUUGUGUUGAGAAGAAGAAGCUGAGAACUCCGACGUAUAAUCAGCUCACUGGUCCUUUCCACGAGCCGUUUUGCCUUGAUGUUUACAUCUCCAAGGCUUCAGUUCGUGCCUGCAUUGUUCACAGGUUCACCAGUAAGGUUGUUGCCGUGGCACAUUCCAUAUCGAAGGACAUGAAGUUUGACCUUGGUUCAACUAGGAAUGCAGCUGCUUGUGCUGCUGUUGGGGAAGUUCUGGCUCAGAGGGCAUUGGGCGAUGACAUCCAUGAUGUGAUUUACACACCAAGGAAAGGGGAAAGAUUGGAGGGCAAGCUUCAAAUUGUGGUUCAGUCUCUAAUUGAUAACGGCAUUAAUGUGAAGGUGAAGAUCAAACAAAGGGCGCGGAAGAAACCAACUUCCUUUUCUGCAGCCUAGACACAGGUUGUUUGGUAUUCUGGUUAGAGUCUAUCUAGUACUAAUCAGCGCAUUGAUCAUAGGUUUCAUCUCAAAUGACAAUGUUGGCAUGUUGUUGGUUGCUCAUUGCUGGAUGUUUGGGGCUAUCAUGUUGAUGAAUUUGAUUCAUUUAAGUAUAAACCUGGCUCAUCCGAGUUAUAUGAUGCACAAAGUUUCUCAUUUGAAAUUACUUCCCAUGGUACCAAGAGAAGUUAUACAAACGCAAUGAGCAUCUGAUGCAAAAGUUUCUGCUUUGUAAGUGCGCCUUCUUUGAUGGAAAUGAAGACAACCGCCCUUGGGCUAUACUUUCAUUGUCUUCUCCUCUUCAUUUUCUCAGCCAAACUCAGGAUGAGUGAAGUCAUUGAGUGGAUUGUGGUCACUCAAGGGAUCUGAUUUGAGAACGAAGAAUCAUACUCUCUUACCUGAAACAAAUUUCAGACCAUCUUACAGAUCCCAUGGGUAGUUGCUAGUUGCUAGAUGGUUGGAGCUUUUUCUUCUUUCCAAUUAAUGAAUAAUCCUCUCCUUUUUUUUUUUUCCUGCUCUGUAUAUGCUAAUAUGCAUUUUAUCAUAAUGAACCAUUGAUAUGAAGCUGGAGAAAUUAUUGCACUUAUCCUCUGUUUAGCCUAAUCUUUUGAUCCCCUAUCUGUCAUUGAAUU